AUGCAGCUCUGUCUUACCUUCAUCGACUUGAAGAAGGCCUUCGACUCAGUUGAGACGGAAGCGGUCGUGGAAGCCUUGGAUAACCAAGGCGUCCCUACUCAGUACAUAAAGGUACUUCGAGAGUUGUGCAGUAACUUCACGACCGGAAUUUCGAUGGGACGACAUGGGAGUGAAGGUUGGUGGUCGGCAGCUACACCAUUUGCGCUUUGA